AUGGACAAUUCUGAGUUAUACGAGAUACAAUAUAUAUUUGGCUCUCAAAUAUUGGAUAACAAAAUGCAAUACUGUGUCAAGUGGAAAAAUUAUCCCAAAUCUCAAAGAACUUGGGAGCCUAUUGAGAAUCUAGGAGCUCACAACAUAUCCUCUGUUCGAAGAUACCAAAGACAUGCUGAUUACUUUCUCUUUUAUUAGUUCAUUUACGAAGGUUAGGUAGAAGGAUAUAGAGUACAUUAAAAAUAAAAUACACUUGAAAAAAUUAAAGUCAUACCAGACUCACAGGAGGAAGACGAACAAAUAGAAUAAGCUAAUACAGAUAAAUUGAACACGACUAUCAAGGAGACACUCAACUAGGAGAAUAUCAAAUCAAUAUCCACACCCAAGGAAACUACAAAAAAGGUGACUAGAUCUGGUAGAAAGUAAAUCUAACAUAAAGAAGAGGAUGUGUCUCAUUCUGAUUCUAAGGAUUCCGACUUUGGUAAAAGAAGCAAGAAAUCUAAAUCAAAGGCUAAAUCUACACAAUCAAGAAAGAAAUCUCCAACUUCAGGAGACAAGUCUAAUCAAACCUAACCAAAGAAAUCAUAGUUUGUUAAGCAGGAAUAGGUUGAAACUGAUGAAAUCAAUCAUGUCCAACCAAAAUCUUAAGAAAGACAACUAGAUCAAGAUUAACCAAAUGAGGAAAAUUUAAGUGAAAAGUCAUAGUCCCAUAAAGAAUAAUAAAAAGUACAGACAAGAUUAAGAAAUACAAGGAAUGAAAAAUCAGUUGAAUAGAUCAAAUCUCCAGCUUAUUUCAAUUAAAUUAGAAAACUUAUUUAAACUUUAAAUGAAGAUGAAAGAUCACUUGUUGCAUCCUAUAUAAAUGAUAAAAUGAAGGACAAUAUCUUUGAACAUCUAGGUGCCUUGUGUGUAUUGGAUUAUAUGCAGAGAAGAGAAGAAGUCUUGAAUGAAAUUAAAUAACAAGAAUAUAUCUACCCCUUAAAGGGAGAAUCCGCCGUUUAACCUAACAAAUAAAGCAAAAGGGCUAAGAAAUUAUAGAAGACAUCCAUCAAAAUGGAAUCCUAAAGAUCAACUGAUAUUGCUUGUCCUCCCUAAUCUAAAAGGUUGAUUAGAUUGUCAGCAUUUGAAUAAAAAAAGAAGUGUAUGAAAAAGAAAGAUGAUACUUGCUAUAUUGCAGAUUUCUUGGCAUCCAUAAAUUAAUUCCCUUAAUUCGGAGUUGUCUCAACUGAAGUUGAUUCCAAAAACCUCUAUGGAUAGAUUGGAUUUCAAAUUGGAGAAGAAAUAACAGGACAUUAUUAUGGUGUAAAUGCUAAUGAAACUGGUAAGGCCAAUGUUUAGUUGUAUUUUAUUAUGAAAUUCAGAAGAGAAGGAGAUAAAACAUUUUUAUACAAUCAUGUCACCAGAGCUGAAUGCUAACUCUACGAAAAAGACUUGCUCUAUGAUUAUGUCUAUAAGAAUUAAGAACUACUACCAGAGAUGUACAAUGAACUUAUUGUUAGAAGUGUUUAUAAUUAAUAGUGA